UUGUACGGCAGAAUACCAGAGAAAAAUCAAAGUCGAGGUUGGGGACAAGUCGGACUGUGCAUCAGAUGUAAGUUACAUCUGAGCACUAGCUGGUUGAGAGUAAGGCCGGGGACGAGAGAGCGGACCUCCGACUCCACGGACGAUCCACGGAGGAAUGUUCCUCUAGCCCGGCAACAAGCCAGGAUCUCUUGUUCACCACUAUCAACCUUCUCCGACGCUUAUGAGGGGUCGGCCCGCGCAUGCGCCCCGGACUCUGCCCGUCCCCCUCGCACCCGCACAAAGAGGGAACGCUGUAGGGAUGAUGUUCGGAGGGUGAAAAGACGGUGA